AAAAAAUUAUAAAAGCUAGUGAUAAGAAAUACUAGGUCUCUUCGCCUGCAACCACCUCGUCAGGAGCUUGCAGCAGCAGAGGCAGUGUGUACAAACAAAUAAGGCAUCAUGACCCACCAAUUCCCAGCACUGUCUCCAGAGCAGAAGAAAGCUCUUUCAGACAUCGCUCAGCGCAUUGUGGCUUCAGGAAAGGGGAUCUUAGCUGCAGAUGAAUCAGUGGGUACCAUGGGCAACAGGCUGCAGAAGAUCAACGUGGAGAACACAGAGGAGAAUCGCCGUGCGUUUAGAGAGAUUCUCUUCUCCUCGGAUGCUUCCAUCAAUCAGAGCAUUGGGGGAGUGAUCCUCUUCCAUGAGACUCUCUAUCAGAAAGACAGCAGUGGGAAGCCAUUUCCAGCUCUCAUCAAAGAAAAAGGCAUUGUGGUGGGAAUAAAGCUGGAUAAAGGCACAGCACCCCUAGCAGGAACAAAUGGAGAAACCACCAUACAAGGGCUGGAUGGACUGGCUGAGCGCUGUGCCCAGUACAAGAAAGACGGUGCUGACUUUGGCAAGUGGCGGGCAGUGCUGAAGAUUACCAGCACAACUCCGUCUCAGCUUGCUAUCCAGGAGAAUGCUAACACACUUGCACGCUAUGCCAGCAUCUGCCAGCAGCAUGGGUUGGUGCCCAUUGUAGAACCAGAAAUCUUGCCUGACGGAGACCAUGAUCUCCAGCGUUGUCAGUAUGUGACAGAAAAGGUUCUGGCUGCUGUCUACAAGGCCUUGAAUGAUCACCAUGUCUACUUGGAAGGGACACUGCUACAACCGAACAUGGUGACAGCUGGGCUUUCCUGUCCCAAGAAAUACACACCUCAGGAUGUAGCUGUAGCAACUGUCACUACUCUCCUGCGUACUGUUCCUGCUGCUGUGCCUGGAAUCUGCUUCCUGUCUGGAGGUCAAAGUGAAGAGGAGGCUUCUCUCAACUUAAAUGCCAUGAAUCAGUCCCCUUUGCCAAAACCCUGGAAACUGACUUUCUCAUAUGGGAGAGCUCUGCAGGCCUCUGCACUGGCAGCAUGGGUGGGCAAGUCAGAGAACAAGAAGGCCGCCCAAGAAGCCUUCUGCAAGCGCGCACAGAUUAAUAGUUUAGCUUGCAGAGGACAGUACGUCGUGUCUGGGAAGACUGAUGCAGCUGCCAUGCAGUCACUUUUCACUGCGAGCUACACUUACUGAAAGAACAGGAAUCCUGCUUCUGUCCUAUUCCUCUUCAUAGGUUGAAGAUGCUCAGAAUGAAAGAAAAACAAAGAAAUCUAAUUACCUUU